UCAACAGUGCGUUUUCGGGAGUGAAACAAUUGCUAGGUUUGACAAUAUUUUAGUAAGAACAAUUCGCACGGAGGCUGAAUACUAAUUAUUCCCAUUGGUGGAGUAGGACCACCACAAUGAGGAGGCUUUUCCUAGCGUUGGUUCCGUUGCUGGCUUCGGCCAUUGCAGGGCCCAUCGUUUACUCGGACCAGGACACAUGCUCAUCGACUUGUACAGAGAACACGAAUUUUGCUUAUGUGCGCGGCCAGACGUACGAGUACAACUACGUGUCUGAUAUCCGCACGUCCAUACAGGGCGCCUCGGAGGACCAUGCGACGAUUCAUCUGACCGCGACCGCUCUACUGGAGAUACACUCCAAAUGCGAGCUAUCACUCAGGUUGAAGAAUGUCAGACUGACCGAGUACGAUCCAAACAGGAAGGCAAUGGUCGAUGUCUCACCAGAAUUCGCAGCUGGUCUAGAGCAAAACUCCGUCCGACUGUCGUACCAAGAUGGAGCCAUCGAGAAUGUCUGCCUGACAAACAGCGAGCCGACGUGGGUCAUGAACGUGAAGCGGGGUAUCAUCUCUAUGCUGCAGAAUCGCAUGAAGGACUUACAGAAGAAUGAAACUGUUUCGGAGACGGAUGUUUCCGGCCUGUGUGACACCAAGUACAGUUUUGAUAAAUCCGGCAGGAACUCUAUCAUCGUCUCUAAAACCAAGGACCUCUUGGCAUGCACGGACAGACAUGGCUACAACUCGGCCAUUCAGGGUGUACCCUUCACCGCUGACUCUGACAUCCAGUCAAUGCCUCUACUGAGGAGUGAUCACAACUGCAAGCACGAGAUCGACACGCGCAAUGGACACAUGAAGACCGCUAGUUGCCAAGAGACGCACAUUUUCCGUCCGUUUUCCAACUCGGAUAGUGGCGUUGUUACCAUCACCACACAGACAUUGUCUUACGUCGGCAGAACCACGGGCACAAAGUCUCCAUCUCCAAUAACUGACAGAGUUACAUUGAAAUUUGAACACGCUAACGGCAUCGACACUGAAAACCAAAUACGCAAGGACAUCACCCGAAAGCUGGUGGAGACUUGCGAGCAGACGAAGUCAGGUUUGAGACCGGAGUCUCCGCGUCUGUUCACAGACCUUGUGUACAUGAUGAGAUCGGCGGACAAAAACACGCUGUCUGACGUCUACCGUACACUGAACGAGGGAUCACUCUGCUUGGAUAACAAAAACAUAACAAUCAAAUUCUUCCUGGAUGCUCUUCCAAUGGCUGGCACCCCAGCGACUGUUGAACUGAUGACUGAACUAAUAAAACAGAGAGUUGUCACAGGAAGCGAGGCGAUCAUGUGGAUCGCUAGCCUUAACUUCAUAAAGAAACCCUCCCAAGAUAUGCUUCGAGAUGUAAAGCCACUAAUAAACAUUCCCGAGCUAGAAGACAAAGCUCUUCUGUCCGUCGGAACCCUCGUGUACAGGUACUGCAUUCACCGUAGUAACUGCGAAAGUGACGAAGUGGCCCGCGCAGUUGUCUCUGCUAUCGUAAACAAGAUGGCUAAAGGAUGCAAAGUCAAUGAUGCCAACAUGAAAUCGACUCUGAUGGCCCUGCGUGCUAUUGGGAAUGCCGGAUACGUCGGUAACGGUAUGCGUGACCUUGAGACCUGUGUGAGGAAUCUUGAUGGUCCAGUGGAAAUCAGACUGUCUGCCAUUGAGGCCUAUCGCAGAAUGCCAUGCUCUGCAAGCAGGUCCGCACUCAUGGAUGUGUUGAGCAAGCCAGACGAAGAUUCCGAACUUCGUAUCGCCGCCUACCGGAUGCUAAUGGAGUGUCCAUCCGACAAGAUAUUGGCAAUCGUCAAGAAUACUCUUGCCAAAGAAACCGUGAAUCAGGUCGGCUCUUAUAUCUGGACUCACUUAACAAACUUGAUGGAGACAUCCGACCCACACAAACAGGAAAUCAAGGCCUUACUUGAGAAUGAAGAUCUGAUGAAAGAAUUUGACCUAGACAAGCGCAAGUUCUCGCGUAACUACGAAGGAUCAAUCUUUGUAGACAAAUUCAACACCGGCGCUAAAUUUGAAGGUGAUUUAAUCUGGUCACAAAAGUCCUUCAUCCCUCGAUCUGCCGCCGUGAAUUUGACCAUCGACCUGUUUGGACAUUCCGUAAAUUUGCUGGAGUUAGGCGGGAGAGCUGAAGGUCUCGAAAUUUUCAUGGAAACGCUUUUCGGCCCAAAUGGCUAUUUCAAAAGGCCAGAAAACAAGAACGAGCCACAGAAAACAGACUUAGUUUUGAAAAAUGUUGACUUGAAAAAGAUUGAAAAAAUCGACAAGAAGAUGGGAGUCUCAAUGGCUGACUUGAGAGGCUCAAUAUACAUGAGGGUGUUUGGUAAUGAAAUGAGGUACACUAACUUCCACGGCCUCUCAGAUCUGCUGAGCGGACCCCAGAUCAACAUUCCUGAACUAAUUAUCAAGCUAGCGGAGGAGAGUGAUUACAGUUACAGUCAAUCGACAAUGUUCUUAGACAGUAGUUUCAUCAUUCCAACGGCGUCAGGGUUCCCACUCAACCUAACAGUGAACGGUACCGCGAUGAUCAACCUAAAUAUUCAUGGAAAGAUGGACAUUAAGAGACCACCAAGUCUUGAUAUCUCUGGACGGAUUGCUCCUAGCGCCGCUGUUGACAUAUCCUCCAUGAUGAGUGUUGACGCACACGUGACCAAGACCGGUGUUAAGAUGGUAUCCACAUUGCACACGAGCACUGCUAUACAGGGGAAAUUGACCGUUGACAAAAGUGGGGCAAUUAGUGCUAAAUAUGACUUCCCUGGAGACAGAAUGGAGAUUAUUGACUUCAAGUCCUCAUUUUUCACAGUCCACAAUAACGUGCAGCGUGAACAGAGCAUGAUAACUGACAACAAACAGACCAAGGCCUAUUGUUCUCCAGACAAACUUUCCAAAGUACUUGGACUGGAAUUGUGCGCUGAGGUCUCAUACCCUAACGCCACAAGUAAACUCAACGCCCCAUAUUUCCCACUGACGGGGCCUGUUUCAGCCGGUGUGUACGUGAACAAAAGGGACACUCAUACAUACUACGAGAUGUCCGCAAAAUCUAAGCACGAUAGUCAACAGAACAUUUUCCAUGUCGUGUUCAAUACUCCUGGUUCCAAGUUGGAUAGACACAUGGAAGUGGACUUUAACCUCGACAAACAAGCACUUAGCAUUGGUCUUGUGCUUCGAUCGCCUUGGAAACAAGCCAUUUUACAAGGAGAUGUUUUCCGCAAAAUCGGCGAUUAUGGCAUCAGUGGAAAACUUAACAUCGACAGGAACGCCGCUUAUUCUAUUGUCGCUCGUCUGAAAAUAGAUAAUGAAGGCAAUACAUUGACAUACACACCAACAUUUGAGCUUGAGGCACCGAGCAUAAAGCCGAUAAGUAUAAAGGGAAUAUUAAGCACAAAGGGUUUUAAACAAAGUGACAUUGAAGUAGAUGUUAAAGGGCUGACAGAUCAACCCGUCAUUGCAAAAAUGACGAUACACAACAAAGAUAAACUGUAUGGCAUGCAGGCUACUUUUGAAAUGGCCAAAGACAAACAGUAUGCAAUUGACACGACUAUGGCUAUCUCCACGUUGAAGAAGAAGACUGUAUAUAAUACUCAAGUGUCAGUCCGCACACCAACACAAGAGGUAUUGGCAUUUGGAGGCGAUCUUGGCAUAACGUAUGGAGAGAAGCUUGACUUCAACAUUGCCUUGGAUAAGAUUGUUGAUAAAAAAGUAACUCUCAAAGGAGUGGUCCUAAGCCAAGAGAAAAAAAGAGGUCAAGUUCUUUAUCGCACUGACUUAAACAUAGACUCUGAGCCCGCUGACGUGAGAUUAAUAUGGAAAAUUGACAACAAAAAUUUCAGAGUAAUAACAAAUGAUUUCGAUUUGACCUAUGUAAUAAAAAGCGUUGCCCGCAACAACGUAAAGCUCGUAUCAAAGAUUAUAAAUCAAAGCGGGAAAACACUCAGCAAAGGAAAACUGUCACUGAAUCUUGGUGUAAAAAAGAACCCAGAAUACAACUUGAAACUAGGUUGCGAUUUAGAACACAAUUUAAAACUCAGUAAACUGGAUCUUGAUGUAGCAUACGGAAAGGACUUUAAGGACACGUCGAAGUUAAUUGAUGUCAGUAUUGAGACAAAUAGGAAUAUGGGAAAUAUUUGGAAAUCGUCUGCCGAUCUAAAAGGGAAAAUCAAGAUACCCGCCUUAGAUAUUGCUACACAAAUUGAAGCUGAUCACUCACAUGACUUCCCGAAACACUUCAACAGCAGCUUGUCAAUCAAGAACAAGGGCAAACCCUAUUCUGCAAGUAUAUCAUUGUUAGACAAAAGUGCGACAAGUCUAGUUAUGUACAGUAGCAUUCGUUUUGCAACACCAAAACAAGACAUGGAGAUUGAAAAUGAAAUAAAACAGGUGACAGAUCAAAAUGACAAAUAUAUAAGUACAUUAAGCAUUCAAAUGCAAAAAGACGAAAAAAGUGUUAUAACAACUACUUACGAAGAUAAACCAUCCAGUCAUAAAAUAGAUUCCGUUAUUAAUGUAAAUGGGUGGUCACCAAUAACAGUUCACGGUGAAUUUGGAGGCUCCCCGCAAUUGAUUGCUGAACUUUCAUAUGAAAAGGAUUCCAAAACAUAUAGAGGUAUGCUGAAAAGUUUUGAUGACUCUAUAACUUACGAGGUUCAUAUGGAAAUGGAAAAGCCAGACUACAAAGGAAGCAUUGGGCUUAUAGGUAAAGUUCCUGGCAAUAUGAUCUCCGUUCAGGCUGAUUUGAAGUGGGGUAACCCAGUUGAAGAAUUGCAAAAGACGAACAUUUAUGCCUGGGUGGAUAUUCCAUCAUCUGAUCAAAUGAACGGAUCAAUUGCUUUGAAAACGUCACAUAGAGCAAUUAUCUUCAAUGUUAACCAUCAAACGCGAGGGGACAGAUUCGUCAGCCAUGCAGAUUUCGAAUGGGAAAACAACGCGAAGGUUGAAGUGGACACGUCAUUGCAACUGGCCGGUGCUAAUGUUUUAGGUAGGUUUCAUUUACAAACACCUUUUGCAGAGAUUCCAAUUCUGUCAGUUGAUGUCGACCAUGUGAGUGACUCUGAAGAAUACAAUACUAAAGUUAACAUUCAAUUGGACAAAAAGAUAUCUGUUGCAACAGUUUUGAAAAAACCUAUAAAUUUGAGAACGUUUGUCGCCACAUUAGACUUAGAGACAUCAUUUAAGGAUAUAAAAAAAGUGAACAUAUUCAUUAAUCACAAAAUGGGAGACUCCUUGGCCUCUGCAGCAAAGCUGUCGUGGAACAAACAGUUUGUAAAUAUGGAUGUCGUUCUACAAAAUGCAACAAAAGGCAUGAAGGUGUCGUACGAAGGAAUGAUCGAUCUUAAGACCUCUUGGAAUGCAUUGAAAAAAGGAUUGAUUAAGUUUUCACACGAUAACAAUGGAAAAAAAUUUAACACACUGGCAAGUUUACUUCAUAAUCGCCAAGAGUACAAAAUUAAUUCUUCCGUGACACAUUUGCCCUACGCAAAAUACGUCGAUAAUGAAGGAGAACUCACAAUAAGCAUUCCUUUGGGAAAAGUGGAAACCAGGUGGAACCAUCGCCAUGCAGAAAACACCGUAGCAACAACGUUAGCCGCAAAUAUAGGUAGCAAUCGCAUCAGCGUUAAACUUCGUGGCACCUUGCAGAAAGAUAUAUCUAUGACUUUGCUUAUGGAAACAUACCGUGAACAAAUCGGGUAUUCUGUACUGAACAGUAGUCUUAUUGUUAAAUCUGACGAUCCGUCUAUGCAUGCCCAUUUUAAUUUGGUAUCUAAUGGAGUUAUAUUGGCUUCAGCAAAUGCCAGCUACAAUAAGUAUCCUGAAAUCUUCAAAACUGGUCUUAGUAUUACCAUUCCAGACUUAAACAUAAAUUCAAUAAUAUCACUAGAAGCAGAUGUGCUCGACCUACAAAACCCUAAUGCUAGAUUGGUAUUUGAUAUAAACCCCGAUUUAAAUAUGAAUAUUGUCGCUUCAACAAUAUUAUUGAAUAGUAGUCAUUGGGCAAAGUCAUCAAUUCUCUGGAAAACAACAAUGCCUGGGUACAAUCAAGUUAAAUAUACUUACGAGCUAUUGGAAUUGCCAGAUUCACGAGGCUUGAAAACAAUAAGUACAUUGAAUUAUCAGGUCGACAAAGAAAUAAAACUGGAAACAACUUUAUACGAACUUCAUAACUUAUUAAAUGUAUCAGUUGUUUUGACUACGACUAACCCACAUCUUCCAAGGAUCGAAGGAGGGGUAUUCUUCUCUGGACAAUUGGAAACAUUCCAAAGUGGAGCACACGUAGAGGUCGUUCCUUACCUGGAUAGGAAUGCGAUUUCUUUGAACUAUGACGCGACUUCGGGAAUUUUAAGUAGUUUAAAUCUAACUUUGCCUUCAUUAAAAUAUCCAGUUAUUCAAAUGGCAAUAGAAGGCAAUUUUGCAGAUGAUUUUAAAACCUCGCAGUUCCGAACGAAAUGCAUUUACGGAGAAAGCGAAUCAAUCAUAUUUUCAUUUAAUCACUACACUGAUAAGGUGAUAUUAGUUGCCACAGCCGAUGCCGUCACUCCAAUCGGCUCUUUAUCAGCUUCAGUGGAAGGGAAAUUGUCAAGCUUCAAUUCCAAAAUAGCAAUUGUCGAUAAGUUCGAACGAAAUUACAGCAUGGAUUUCAAGUUACAUAAUACAGACAAAUUUGAGAUAACAACCAUCGUGUCAACGUUUGGCAGACGUGACAUUAUUGGCAAAUUUACGCAUACAGGAUCACCAACUAAGUUUAACUGUAGUGCGGAACUGUCACAUGACCGAAAAAAUAACUUUUUGUCAACAAUUUCAUUCCGUGUAACUGAUGUUUUGACUUUGUCUGUUGCCGGUUCUUUGAGAACAGAACUCAUUUCAAAUGCAGACAAAUUUGACACCUCUCUUUAUAUUCAUGGAUCAAAAUCAAAGAUCAUUAUCAAUGGCGAAAUUUCAAGAAAUAAUGAAAAAACAUCAUCGGUGGAUUUCAGUGUUAAUGCAGACAGUGAUGUCGAUGUUAGUCUCAGUAUUCGAUCGCCAUUUCUCAAGAGUAUCAAGUCUAGUCUUAGACAUAUUUAUAAGAACAAUUUUGUAGAGACUCAGGCUGCUUUGAUUUACGGUGGUGAAACAAAGUUAAGCGCUUUUGUACAGUUAAGCGAUGGAAAAACGAAAGUCGGAGAAAUAAAGAUAAGCACAUUCUUGACUGAAGACUUUGUCAGCAGGACAAGGAUUGACGGCACGUGGACAAACUUCAACUUAAAUUCUGAGGCUUUAUAUGGCAACAAAAUGUGCAUGAUUGAUUGGACACAAAGGGUCGAUAGGAAUUUAUUGGAUCAACGAAUCACCUUUUCGGCCACAGGAAUUGAUGAUAUUUCCUCCACACUCAGCUUCGUUGGCGACUACAAACAAUUGAAAUCCUUUGCUGAGCUGAACAAAGGUACACAGAUUCACAGAAUAGACGUAAGUUUUAACAACGAUGUGGAUAUCGAAGGAAGUGUUUUAAUUUCUUCUCCAAUAGUUAAACCCGUCUCGGCUGUUUUCUACAUUAAAGGACCUUUAACUGCACUGACCUCUCACGCAGAAAUCAAUAUCGAAAACAAAAAAUCCGAAAUGGAUAUUCGGUUAAACACUAAACCGUUUGACGUUUUACUUUCGCUAAAAUCUCCGUACACAAGAGAUGUGAGCGUCACAGCUAGCCAGAAGGGUUCUUUCCCAUCAUAUUUAGCAACUACAAAGUUAUCUAUACAAGGUAUUGAAGAAAUUGAAGCAAAGGUUACCAUUGUUAAAACGGACAAAAUUACAACCACGCUUGAAAUAUCGCCUAUGAAUAUAAAGAAAAUUGUUAUGGCUGUGUAUUUACCCGACUUUACAAGAAACGUUACACAAAAAGGCGGCAAGCAAACAUUAGGAGCUAGCUUCAUGAACGGAAAUGAGAAAUCCAGCAUCGACAUGUCUUGUCAGUUUGACAAAGUAUACUUCCUCCGCGUCAGCCUGAACAGUCCAUUUACGGAACCAAUGUCGGUAUAUUUAAAGCAUGACGGAGGUAUUAAUUCUUUUAAGAGUCAUGCUGACUUAAGUAUUGGAGCAAAAACAUCUGAUUUUGACAUUCGCUUCAGUAGCGUUGGGAAAACGGAAGGAGCACUUAAAAUAAAUUCAUUCCUCAUUCCAAAACUAACGCUCGAGUUUGGACACAGUGGAACACAAAGCAGCUUUAAUGCAUACGCUUUGUACAAGUAUGGAGAAAACAAAACGGCAGCUAAUAUGACAGUUAAUAUUGAUAAUAAAUAUCAGGCGUCUCUUGAAAUUUCUCUGCCAAAGCGUUCUCCAAUCAUAAUACAUUUCACUUAUAGCAGCGACAUAGAUGCCCUAACUUGUAACGGCGAAGUGACUUACGGACAGAAAUGGGAAGCCGAGUUUCGGUUACAAAGGACUAAUCGAUAUCAAUUUAACCUUUUCUUUAAUCCUCCCACUAGUUUCAUGGAACCUGUCAAAUUGAACUUUUCUCUUGUAAGAUUCGCUGGUGGUUUGAUUCUGAAUGUUGAAUAUGCGUUUGGGUCAGCCAAAAGUAAUGCUGAUUUAGCUGUUUCCUUCCUAGAUAGCAACAUGGAAAUCAAGACCAAUAUUUCUUGUGAGGAAUUUCUUGCAAUAUUUAAUGUGUCCGCUCGCUCCAUUGAAAAUUCGAUUGAUAUUAGCUCCCAUGCUGAAUUUAUAAUUUCUUUGGAGAAAACUGAUGUUGAUUUCAAGUAUCAAUUAUCAGAGGAACGUUAUUACGUUUCAAUAAUUUCGGAUUCCCCAUUUUUACCCGAAAUAGAUGCAAAUCUAUUGAUCAACGGGAUGCCAAGACAAUUCAAUGUUGAAGGAACUCUUGCAAUUGAUGGUGAUCUAAGUUCUGUCAAGUUAACUUCUGAUCUUAAAUCAAAGACAAACGUUGAAAUUAGCAUUAACACUCCAUAUUCCGACGAAAUUUAUAUGAGUCUUAGACACACUUAUGCCUACCCUAAAUAUAUGGUAUUGAUCGUUAACUCAAAAGUUAACGGUGUUGUCAGAGAUGCGGUGUUUUCGAUGAACUUAAACUCUAUGGAUUUUUUAAAAUUGUAUCUGACAAUUAAUAAUCCCCAUUUCUCUAUUAACUUUUCCAAUAAUAGAACAAUGGACGGUCGUGAUGGCUUUGUUCAUAAAGGCUUUUGGGAGGUGUAUGUUGGCGACAAAUUUAUUCGAGUUCUGAGUUCUAUUCGGUCCUUAGACGAUUUUGGAUUUAGAUAUUAUCUUCCAUUAAAAAACGGGUGGUAUGUUGGUAAUAUGGAAUAUACGCAUAACGAAAUGACAACUCGCGUCAUAAUUCUCGAUGAUAUUCUAAAACAUAAGAUUGAACUUAUAUACAACGUUUCACCAGAAUUGAAAUUAUUGAUUGACGUCGAUUGGCCUUCAAUUCCGACUCUGCAAAGUAACAUAUAUUUAAAAAGAACGCAAACUGAUGUCACAGGAGGGUCCUCGAUUAUUAUUGACGGCGAAAAUAAGGGCUCUUUGGAAUUAAAUUUUAAUGGGGACAAAAGAAUUGCAUCGUUUAAACUGGACUUGCCUACAUAUAAUGGAUUUGAAAAGCUUUCAGGAUCACUGAUUAAAAAAUCUGAGAAAUCACUGGAAAUGCUAUCGGGGUCUAUUUUAAGAAAAGGUGAACGACUUGUUGAAUUUGAUAUUAAAUAUGACUUGAAGAACAGUUUCGUUGAUAUAGAUAUUUCCAGUACCGAACCACAACAAUCAUCACUAAAAUUUAAAGCUUCAGCGGAAAAGGAUAUGUUUAAGACAAACUGGGUUUUGAAUUUUAUCGAUGUACAUAAAGGUCAUAUUGAAUUUAAAAAAGGCAAAGAUCAAUACUUGCUAAAUUUUGACGUUGAGGAUUACACAUUGAAGAUAGAUUUUCACAAUCAACAAGGAGUAGUCGAAAGUGAAAUUGUUGUCAAUAUACCUAAUAGGGAUAUAAUUAGUUGUCAAGUGAGGUAUACCGAUAACCUUCCCUCUGUUGUCACAGGUAAUGUACAUUUUACCUGGAACUCAACAAUGGCAUUUGAAUUUGAUUUGCAAUUGAAAACGUCAUCGGGUUUGGAAGGAAGUGCUAUUUUAAAAACACCCUUUCCUAAAUAUAAAUACACGGAGUUAAAAGGCUUUCACCAAGGAACGUGGGCACAAUAUAGAACAUCUGCACAAUGUACUUUUGUUGGGAAAUCUAUUUCGAUUGCUGCUGACAUCACUCCAAUCAAAGUCAGAGUGAUCAUCCAGACACCAUUUAAAUAUACGGAAAAUGUAGAGUUCGAUUUUUUCCAAAGCACUGGUGAUUCUGAAUACAAGGCUGGUAUGAAUGUCAUUUAUGCAACUGGAAAAGAAUUGACGUUGACAGUUGGACACGCGAGCAAGAAAAUGAGUAUGGCUUCAUUUGUGGCGUUUGAGUCACCAUUCACAAGUCCCCUUGCAAUAAUUGCAAACCAUACAGGAACCUUGUCUUCAGAUUUUACCACCAUUUACCAAGUGAAAAAUGGGGCGGACAGCGUUACAAUUGAAGUGACAAUGAAAUAUGGUCUUCAGUCUAUUGUUUGUUUGUCGUCAUUGACAACAGUAUUUGAAGGUGAAAUAUCAGAGCAGUCGUUUAAAGUUACACAUAUUGGCCGUUUAGACAGAUUCAAGACUGAAGCUUCAGUGAAAGUCUUUGGCCAGGAAAUCAGUUUAGAUACUUCGUUUCAACUUGAUCCUGUUAUGGAAGCUUCCAUCACCUUGCUGACGCCUUACACAAAUAUACGCAAUCUACACGCUGCCUUUACUAACAAUUACAAUCCAAAUAGCAUUUUAUCAACGGGCAUCGUACAGUGGGCUGAAAACAGAAAAUUCACUGGAAGAAUUGAUGUUGUGAAGAAUGUAUUGAACCAUAUGACGGCCAACAUGGAGACAAGUAUGUCAUUGACGACGCCAUUCGAGGCAUUAAAGCAGACAGCUUUAAGUGUAUCCCAUAAAAUGUCCCCAAAAGGUCUUCAAGAGGGUUUGAAAUUGGUAUACAAUAAUAAAGUUAUACUUGAUGCUGAUUUGGAGCAUAAUAUUCUGGGAGAACACAAAUCGGCUCUGGUCUUUGUACGUGCUCCACGGCCAAUGAAGUUCGAGAUCGAUGGCGAUUUCACUCUUAAAUGUGUUGAUUUUGAAAUGGUACUCGAUUGGAACCCGCUGAACAUAUCACAAAACAUCAACUUAAACGCCGGGUAUGACAUUCGUAGCAACAAGGUGGCUAAAUUUAAUAUCACCGGCUUUGGAAAAGUGUUGUCAUUAGAUACCAUAUACAGCGCACGGACAAGCAAAGCUAAUGUUGCAUGGGGAUUACGAUCUUCACAGAAGGUCGGUUAUGAAGUUUCAUUGAGAGAUAACACUAGAGACUUCAAACUUAUUUUACCGACUCGAAGUAUAGCUCUAUUGUCGAAACACUCGAAUGGUAAAAUUGAUGUUGACUUCAUGUGGAAUGCUGAUGUCAAUCCUACAGAGAAGGUUUUCAUGAGGUCAUCUGUGGUCCAAAACGGAAAUUAUAUCAAAACCGACAUGACAUUGGGAGUGCCACAGCUCAAAAAGCUUUUUAAGUUCGGAACGGAAUUCAUUGUAAAUCGAGGACGAACAAUAUUUGAUGGACGCACGGAAAUAUCAUAUUCUGCCGACUCAAAUAAAACAUUUGCCAUAUCUUGUAAAUUAGAGGACGUAUCAUCAGAUGGUGGCAAAAACUACAGUUUGAUUUUCGACCUAAGUCACCCACACACAACUGUCGGGAUUAAUUUAAAGUCUCACAUUGGGCGGUCGUCCACUGGCUAUUCUUCUGGCUUAACACUCAUAUACAUGACUGCCCGGAGACAGAUGCAACCUUUCUCUAUUGGAGGGGUUGUUGAUAAACGGAAGCAAUCCAUCAGUUUAGAGAUAAAAACGCCGGUGAAAUUGAUCAGCAUUUCUGGAAGCGCUCAGACGGACGACAAAUUCCGAUUAUCACUUCUUAACGUGUAUGACAAUAAGGACCCCCUUGUCACAGUUUUUACAAUCGAUCGUGCCUCACGUUCUAUUGACUUCAUGAUCAACUACGACAUUGAUCGUCCUCAAAACGAGUUCCAUAUUCGUGCAAACUAUGUGAACAGCUCUGCCUUGCAAGCGGAAGUGUACCAUCUAGUCGAUACAAAUCAUAUUCAAGACGUUCUUGUAACCGUCCGGCUGAAUACCUCGCACCUCAUACACUCGAGAAUUCACUGGCAACCAGAGAUGAUCAAAGAUCUUGAGGCUUUCAGAUCCAAAAAAUCUGACGAGUACAAUAACCGCAUUGAAAGAUUUGUUCAGAAAAUGAUGAUCAGCUUUACUGAAGAGCUUCUCAACAAAAAGCGCAUUAUUUGGGGUGCUGUAGGAGAAGAGAUUGGUCCAGAAAACGCAGCCAAAUUCGAAGCCGUUGUAAUGCCUUACUUUGACCAAGGCCGGAGUAUGAUAAUAACCUUAACUGAUCCCAUGGUUCAACGCGUCAAGACUGUAUUGACACAAUCAAGAUCCAAAUACAGCGCGACCAUGGUUUCCUACAAGACAUUCGUGAACAAACCGUUACUAGAGAACAUAGCAGUGGGGGAUGUUAUGAAAGCAGACCUGUUUGCAGGAAUUCGGAAGAAUGUAUCCGACAAGUUCAACGUGUUAUCUGAGAAACUGUCUGUACAAAGGCGGCUUCUGCAAGCUGUUGCUUCGAAUGGUAUCGUCUGGUCAGGCGAAAAAGGCACGCAAGUGCUCCCAAAAAUGGUAGCCCAGAAGCUCGGAUACCUCAAGGUCGGUACCUACUUAGAGUCACACAUCCACACUCUUCUUCUGGACAUUGAGCAGGACAUUCAAAAGUCUCUUAAAGGGAUGGAGGACUUUUUGUUGACCCACAUUCGGUCCCCGAUCACUAUCUGGGACCCAGCAAAUGGUGAAAUUCAGCUGGAGCAAUAUUUGCCAAUACCCUUGCAAUCGCUUGAUGCUAUGCCGAUACUUGAGUACGGGCAAAAAGUAGAACGGCUCAGAAACAUGAUACCAGACACCUUACCAUCUGUACGCUUGCCAGAAGUACCAUCUGAGUGGCUCCCACCUUUCUCAGGUGUGGCCACGAUCUCAAAAGGUCAACGCAUUACGACUUUUGAUGGAUUCAUUUACGACCUGGAAGAUAAGUGCACGUUUGUUUUGGCUCGUGAUUUCAACAACAACAACUUCACCAUUGUCCUAAGCAACGAGGGAGACACAACUCUAAAUCUGAUAACCAGAACUCAUUCAAUAUCAGUAAAUGUGCUUGGCCAGGUUGUUGAUGGCGAUCAAAAAGUCACGAUUCCUGCGACGAUCGGUGACCUAAGCAUUCAGGAAUUAAACGGCAUCAUCAACAUCGUCAACGGGGAGCACUUUAACAUUGUCUACGACACGUCUGUGGACCAUAUCACGGUCAAGAUAAGUGGCUGGUAUUUCGGAAAGGUCGCAGGAUUACUUGGUAUCUAUGACAACGAGCCCUCUAACGAGCUGGUGACAUCUUUUAACAAGAUAAUUGACAACAGUUCUCGAUUUGCGAAGACAUGGACUGUGUCUGCUGCAUCUUGUUAAGCUUAUAACAAGUAUUGACAUUAAAGUGUUGCUUAAAGAAACGGUAUAUGAACAUUCAGACCUGCAAGAAUAAAAAACCCAGAUAUAUGAGUGCUUUAAAAAGAACAAUCAAAUCUGUUUGAUCUUAUAUAAUUAUGUUAUUAUGAUUCUAAUCUUUUGAAAUACAUGCGCACUAUGAUAUAAAUAACGUUUGUAUGAUUUAUUUAAAUUGUGUAUAUUGUUUAUUUAUAUAAAACUUAUGUUUUACUAUUGUCUUAUAUAUAUUUUAUUUCUCGUACUUCAAUUCUAUAAUAAUAAAUAUGUUAAAUCAUGAUUAUUCAAUGUGCCAAAAUGAAAUUAUUUAACAGUGUGAUAAUUUAUGAUAUUAAAAUGCACUUUACAAUAAAUUUAUAUGUACCUUUAAA